UUCAUUCAUGAAAAUUGUGGUGUAUUUACAUCUGCCUCGUAAACCACAGUGAAAAAUAUUUCAGUGAUAGCAAUAAGUUGAACUUUUGAUCAAAUUAACACUUUCCGGCUGAAAACACGAACAAAAACGGCACCGGGAAACGAUGGAUUUGUGUCGCACCUGUAUGGCUGACGAUCCUACGCAGCUGGUUCCAGUUUACUCCAAGCUGGAUGAUGCAUUCAUAGCAAACAUCAUAAUGGAGUGUACUUCCCUACAGAUCCGCGAAAACGACGGUCUUCCAGCGCACAUCUGCUGCCGCUGUAUGGAAACGUUGAAGCUACUGACAGCUUUUAUCAGAACGGCACGAGACUGCGAUCGACAGCUGCGUAAACUGUUCGAACCGGAAACCACGCCUUCGCUGGAAGUCGAUACAAUUGUAACCUUGGAUGAGAAUAUAAAUUCGGUUAAAUGCGACGCUGAUGCGUUCCAGUUUGCCGAGGUAAAGAUCGAACCAACCGAGGAGUUGCUUGCCGAGUAUCUGGAUUCGGAACCGGGUGAGGCAAAUUCCUCUGGGAGUGAAAAUGCCACUGAUGACGAUGAUGAUGAUGAUGAUAGUGAUAGCGGUGAAUCUAGCAACGGUAGUAAAAGUAACAACGAAAGUGACAGCGAAUGGAACGGCAGUGACGAAGAGUUCAAAAUGCAGGAGCCCAAGACAGCGAAAAGACGAGGUCGGAAACCAAAACCGAAACCGUUGAAUACGGAUGAUAAACCUUUACUUAAUAAGCGACGUUCGAAGAGAAACGAAGAUCUCACCAUGAAUGAGUAUGAACGGGAAUUGUAUUCGGUUAUCAAGGUAGAAAAGAAUAAACAUACAUGCUGCGGUUGUCUGUUGAUUUUCGAAACAGCUCAAGGCCUGGAGUCGCAUCGUAAGAAGUCUCACACUCGAAAGAGGGAUUCAGCGACAACCAAUCCUUCCGAUAAGGUACUCUGUGAUGGAUGCAUGCGAAAGUACAAAUCUAAGCGACGAGUUAACUAUCACAAGGAACGUGUUCGGCAACUGGAAACGAUCUGGGAGUGCAACAAAUGCAAAAAUAGAUUUUCAGAAGCGACGCGCCGACGAUCACACUCUAAGAAGCAUCCAAGGAGGAUAUCUUCGGUAGCUGUUGUGGCCCCAAUCAAGGAGAUGAUCCAACGGGAGCUUGGAUGGAUUUGUUGCGCACAGGCGUGCGGGCGCUCGUUUCCUCUGGAAACAGAGCUAAUAGCUCACGCACACAAGGCUCACCAGAUCAACAAACAGGAAGCAGAAUUGGAAGAGAAUCAGGACAAACCGGUCCAAUGUCAAGUUUGCUAUAGGCGGUUUCACGACAAAAAUGGACUGAUCAACCACCAACAGCGGCUGUACCGAUUGCACAAAUACCAAUGCGCCCUCUGUGGACUACAGUUCAACAGCGGAGGGCGGUUAACGGAACACGAGCUUACGCAUAAAAGCGAGAAACCCUUCAAGUGUCAACUGUGCGACAAAGCAUUCACCCAGAAGGGCAAUCUUAAAACGCACAUGACCGUGCACACUAACGAAAAACCGUAUCAGUGUUCUGUUUGUGGAAUGGCAUUCCGUCAGAAGGGUGGCCUGAAAACACACAUGUCCAACCAUAUCGAAAAGCCACAAUUCAAAUGUGAAGUAUGCUCGAAGAUGUUCAAAGCCAAGCUGCAUUUAAGAUACCACAUGCGCAUUCAUAACGGCGAGAGACCGUUCCCUUGUCGCUACUGCGAAAAAGCUUUCACGGAUUUCACAAACCGAAUGAGACACGAAAUGAGCCAUACCGGAAUCAAACCAUACAAAUGCUCAUAUUGCGAUAAAUCAUUCAUUAGAAAACGAUUCCUGAUGGAGCACGAAAGUACUCACACCGGUUUGAAAAUGUAUAACUGCGAUGUGUGCCAUCAAAGCUUCGGCCAGAAAAACUCCCUAAAAAAGCAUCUGUCGACAGUUCAUCCCAGCUUCAGCGGAACACAAAAUGAUACCGCAGUUGCAGUUGCAUCUCUUUCGCCCACAAGCUCCCAUUCGAUGCCACCACAACAGACACACCCAAUUCAUCGGAAAACCCAACUGAUGGCUAGCUUUCAUCAUUCACUUUAAUUCCAACAGCCAUAGUUUCGAGAAAUGUCUUGUGUAGGUAAAGGUAAACUUUUCCAGAUGGAGUCUGUAAUGUAUCACGUAUAAUAAACGUCAACGUAAACGUUA